GGUUGAAUUACGUACUGCCCGUGCAACGCACGGGCUUGAAAACUAGUCCUAUAAUAAUAAGAACAGAUCCCAUGUAUACAAAAAUACAAAUAGUACAAUGAUUAACUAAAGAUUAGGAAACUAACUAACCACGUUUAGGAAACUAGAGUAUAUAAUAUAUAAGGAAAAAUCCUAAUAAUAUACGUAGUAUAAAGUAGAAUUGAUGUCAAUAUUUACAUACCGAGUAUUUGGAAACAUCCAAAUAUCUUAGAAUUGAACGGUAGAUGCAUGCAUAUAUGAAGCGUCGCAACUCCUGGUGGAUCAUAAUUAAGUGGCCGCCUGGGGCUCCAACUUUAAUUUGAUCGGUCAUCAUCGCAACCAGUUGUGGCCGGAAACCGCCAAGCGGCCGCCACUUUUUAUACUAACGACAACAAAUUGCCUGCGUAAUUGGCCCUUGCCUAUCGGCCGCCGCCUAGCUCUGUCCCUGAUUUGUUGUUGGUACAGAUUCAAUAGAAUAGAAGAAUGGGGGAAAAUCAUAAGCUGCUUUGGUUUCUCAUUUUGUUGUCACAAUGUUGUUGCUUGUCAUGGGGUGGUUGGUUCUUCGGUUCAGCUAAGAAUCAUGAGGAAGAAGAAAAACAAGUUCCUGGAAAGAUUUCAUCAGGUUUCUCCAUGGAGCCUUUCAAUAAUGCUAAAGGACUCAAAUUAGUGGAAAACGCAAGACAAAAAAUGUUGAUGGUUGGCCCAGAUUCUUGUUGGCAAAGGGCUUAUCAGAGUGUAUUUGCGGAGUGUUCAAAGGCUCUUUACGAUGAUGAACUAAGGUCUCGUCUUGCGUGGCAUCUCAGUGAUUGCUUCCAAAAACAUUCUGCUCGGUCUUCUUUUCCAUUAUGUGACCCCAAAUCUCCCAUGAACCAUUGCCUCAGGAACUUGGAUGAUCUUUCUCACAAGAUUUACCUUGAGUUCUUUCUUGAAACCAACUCAAUUUGCCACCAACUUCAGAUGGAAGCAUUUAAAUACCAAACGGAGAGAUUGGUGAAUGACUUGAAGAAAACGACAGAGUACGCAGAGGAAAAGAUAGAAAACAUAGAGGCGCACGGGGAAGUCUUACUGCAGAACUCAAAGGAAAUCCAAGAUUCACUGUCUGUGGUUGAUCUAAGAACUCAAAACCUAGAAAAGGCUUCCAAGAAUGUGGAAGAACAUGUGAGCAUUGUUCUAACUCAUUCAAGGGAAAUCCAUGAGCAUUCCAAGUCCAUUGAGGCAUCUCAGAAGGAGUUAACGGAUGAACAGGCACGCAUGAAGAUGAAUUUAGUUGAGGGAAUGGAGAUUUUGCAAAUAUCUUAUAGUAGCCUCGGUAAAGGGAUGAAUGAGUUGAAGAGUGAGACUGAGGAGAUUGAGAAGGAGAUUGGCAAAGUUGGUAAGGAAAUGAAUUCAAAAAUGAUAAUACUUCAGAGUAAAGCUGAUGAUAUUGGAGUUAUUGCUGGGGUAUCUUUGGAUAAACAGAAAGAACUUCUAGACAUCCAGACUACUGCCCUUGAUGGUCUUCAUAUUCUCACCAACUUUCAGUCUCAAGCUCUCGAAGAAAGCAGAGAAACAUUGCAACAAUUGGUUGAAACUGGGGAAAAACAACAGGAGGAAUUACUUAGAAAGCAAGAAAUGCUUCAACAUGCUCAUGAUCACCUUGUGGAGAACUCAAAAAUAAUUCUAGCAGCUCAGGAAGCAUUUGAGUCCAAACAAGCAAGCAUGUUUGUGGCUAUAGACAAGCUAUUUGCAUUGCAUAAUGCUAUUCUCUUGGAAUCAAGGUUGAUGAAAUCCUUUCUGGUUUAUUCCUUGUCAAUCUUUCUCCUCUACAUGCUCACUAGUACAAAACAGACCUAUAGCGUUAGGCCUCGCCUUUAUAUAGGGUUGUGUGUUACAUUCUUGAUCGAGUUCUGUAUAGUUAGAUACGGGACAGAUGAAAUGGAGAAGCAAUCUUGGAUUGUAGGCAUGGUUAGAUCUGUUUCUGUAGCUAUGGCAUCAAUCCAACUUCUCUAUGCAGUUUGGACUUACCAAGAUUAUGAGGUACUGAACCAUCAAAUAUUGUUGACACUGAUGGAGAAGGUGAAUGGCAUUCAGACACAUAAGGAGGUAUCAUGGGAGAUGGAGAGCGAGCCAGAGAGUGAAGCGGAGUGCUGUUCAUGGUUAGAGAAAGAGUUGCAAGAGGAGCUUGAUAGUUUGCAAGACCCUGACUAUGUGUUGCCUAUGGAACAAGGAGCUUCAAAAAAUUAUUUCGUAGAAAAUAGUAGUAGCUCACUUACAACUAUGAGACGGUAUAAUCUUCGAAAUCGCAGCCUUCGGAGAUACUGACCGCCACUAUUGAUGAUUGUGUCUGCUUCUCUAUAAAAGACACUAUCUGUUAAUUUGUUAUAAUUAUUACAUGUAAAGUUUAACUUCUCACAAUCUAGUUUUUCUAGGAUGAACACUUCAUAAAUAAAAUUUGCAAAAAAAUGUAUACUUGUUGCAAUGGAGCAUACGGGUAUAGUUGUGGUUUUCC